CGCCAUGCUGGCCAAUGGCGAGCGAGCUCCGGCGGGCCUGCGGACCAAUGGGCAGCGCGGCCCUCCGCAAGGGGCGGGCUCCGGGGCCGAGGGUAGCUUGAGCGCGGCGGCGGCGUUGUUCAGUCAGAGCGAGAACAUUCCAGAGGUCGCCAGGCUCGGCGCUGCCGGUGUGGACGCGGACGUCGCUGGGACAGCCCCUCCCGCUGCUCGGCGGCGGCACCUGCCCGGCCGCUCCUCCGCUCGCCAGCCGCCCCGCUGCUCCGGACCCGGUUUCCAGCGCCUCUUCCUCCCAGUCCCGGGCGAGCCGCGUUGGGUUUAUGUCUUUAUUUGACGAAAACGAGCUGUUGCGCAGCCAUUGGUACCUGUAUUGGGGAAACAUAGCGUACAAGCAAGAAGCUUACAGCCUCAGUGGCGAAAAUUUUUUCAUGUCAGAGACCGAGAACUCUUGCAGUCGUUUAUGUCAUCCCUUCUUCUCCAGACAGAAGAUACCAAAAAGUUGCAAUCAAAGAUCUCUUCAUCUUAUUGAUAAAGCCACUAAUAAGCCAAAAUGUCUGUCAACGUCAACCGCAGCGUGUCAGACCAGUUCUAUCGCUACAAGAUGCCCCGUUUGAUUGCCAAGGUUGAGGGCAAAGGAAAUGGAAUCAAGACAGUUAUAGUCAACAUGGUUGACGUUGCAAAGGCGCUUAAUCGGCCUCCAACGUAUCCCACCAAAUAUUUUGGUUGUGAGCUGGGAGCACAGACCCAGUUUGAUGUUAAGAAUGACCGUUACAUUGUCAAUGGAUCUCAUGAGGCGAAUAAGCUGCAAGACAUGUUGGAUGGAUUCAUUAAAAAAUUUGUUCUCUGUCCCGAGUGUGAGAAUCCUGAAACAGAUCUGCAUGUCAAUCCAAAGAAGCAAACAAUAGGUAAUUCUUGUAAAGCCUGUGGCUAUCGAGGCAUGCUUGACACCCAUCAUAAACUCUGUACAUUCAUUCUCAAAAACCCACCUGAGAAUAGUGACAGUGGUACAGGAAAGAAAGAAAAAGAGAAGAAAAAUAGAAAGGGCAAAGACAAGGAAAAUGGCUCUGUAUCCAGCAGUGAGACACCACCACCUCCACCACCAAAUGAAAUUAGUCCUCCUGCACAUGCUGUGGAAGAAGAGGAGGAUGAUGAUUGGGGCGAGGAUACAACUGAGGAAGCUCAGAGGCGCAGAAUGGAUGAAAUCAGUGACCAUGCGAAAGUUCUGACACUCAGUGAUGAUUUGGAAAGAACUGUAGAAGAGCGUGUCAAUAUCCUGUUUGAUUUUGUUAAGAAAAAGAAAGAAGAGGGCAUUAUUGACUCAUCUGACAAGGAAAUUGUUGCUGAAGCAGAAAGGCUGGAUGUAAAAGCCAUGGGCCCUCUUGUUCUGACAGAAGUUCUCUUUAAUGAGAAGAUAAGAGAACAAAUUAAGAAAUACAGGCGCCAUUUCCUAAGAUUUUGUCACAACAACAAAAAAGCUCAGCGGUACCUUCUUCAUGGUUUGGAAUGUGUGGUGGCAAUGCAUCAAGCUCAGCUUAUCUCCAAGAUUCCACAUAUCCUGAAGGAGAUGUAUGAUGCAGACCUUUUAGAAGAAGAGGUCAUCAUCAGCUGGUCAGAAAAGGCCUCUAAGAAAUAUGUCUCAAAAGAACUUGCCAAAGAGAUUCGUGUCAGAGCAGAACCAUUUAUAAAAUGGUUGAAGGAAGCAGAGGAAGAAUCUUCUGGUGGUGAGGAAGAAGAUGAAGAUGAAAAUAUUGAGGUGGUUUAUUCGAAGACUGCCAGUGUACCAAAAGUUGAAACUGUGAAAUCUGACAACAAGGAUGAUGACAUUGAUAUUGAUGCCAUUUAAAAGGAUGGAUGCAACCCAGCUUCACAGUGUAAUGCUGCAAAUUUUUCUCCAUUAUCAGCCAGAAGUGCGACAUGUAUGUGCAAGAGCUAGUAUGGCUUAACAUCAUGCUACACUUGAUACUAAAGCUAUUACUGUGAGUGGUCUAUAAUUAAGCCCAAUGAGACAUCUAGGGAGUCCAUACCUGUCAGUGAGCAGUUGUAGUUUGCUUUAUUCAUAGCAUGUUUCUUUUGGAAAAACUAGUGGUGGACACAUUUGGAUCACAUUUAUACAGUUAUAAAAAUAAAGAUUUUAUUUUGGUCAUUCUUCAGGUUUUGGGCUCUGACGGCUUAUGCUGAAGUAAUUGGCUGCUUUUUAGGGUGUUGCACCAUUAACUAGAUAAAGUCUUUGGAACCUGAUAGAUCGUUAGGUGCUGAAACUGUCCAGGGCUUCUCAGCAGAAUGUAAACAGUUCCUUCAAAAUGGCAACUGGUAAUUGUGCUAAGGUAGACUGAUGAAAUGACAGUGUGACAUCCUCUUGAAGUAAGAAUGACCCGAGUGUCCUAUAAUUCUAAGAACAAGUUCUGAAGCUUGGGUUGUGGUUUUCUGUUCGUGUACCCCUGCCCUAAUUGUAGUCUGUGGAGUCAUGUGCAUUGCACGUUGGAUGAGCCAGGGAAAUUACUACAUUAGCAAAUAAGUAUUUUAUGUGUAUGUAGUGGUUGCUUUGUACUGAGAGAAAAGCUUUGAGGUGUAAUUUAAAUAGUAAACUAUGAUUUUAUUUGGGAGAAAACAGGAAAAGGUGCACUUAAUCCCUAGCUAAUACUGAACAUAGUUUUUCAGCUUUUAUCCUUAAAUUAUCAUUUGAAGAUGUUUAGACAUACUGUAUCUUGUGUUUGGUGUUCCCUCAUUAUGGUUUAUUCUUUAAUGCCUUUACAUUUGGACAUAUGCUUGUGCUUUAGAUUUUGGUUGCUAUCUUGCCAAAAUAAGUGUUACUAUGUUUAAAGCUUGGUUGUUGUUUUUGGUUUUUUUUUUCCCCUCUCCCAACUAUUUAAAGAAAAAGUGAAAAUCAUACUUCUGAGUCAGAGCCUGUAUUUUGGUGUAAGACUUGGGAUAUUUUUUACUUCACAUUGAAUAUAGCUGGGCACCUGAGAAAUCUGGACAGCCACUGGUGCAGUUAACUGGGGCCUGAUCAGCCCAUUCAAGGGCGUUGGAUUUCAGACAUGUACAUGUGAAUUCCUUACCCGCUAUCUGAUGUAACUCAGUCUGGGUUCUUGACUAUAUUUGAAAACUGGUCUUCUACAUAAAACCUAGGCAUGUAUUUUCCACAAAAGUACAUUCUGAGUACAUUCUGUGUGGCACAGUAGCUCAAAACCAGUAUCAUUUGCAUCUUCUAUGUAUCAUCCAUCUCAUAGAUAAGACUUUAAUAAUAAAUGUAAGUAAAUUUUUUUCACAUUAAAAUUAUCUGAACAUUUGAUAAGAGCUUGGUGAGUGUGGAGCAGGAGCCGUAUACCUGGACAGAACAUGUUAUGUUAAGAUACUCAUACGCAAACUCACAUGUCACCUAGGUUUAAAAUCUUUGUUGCAUGGCCCAUUUGUCAUUUUCUGAGUAUCUAGUAGGUCUGCACAUUCAUUGUCAAGCUGGUAAGAGUUUGCUGCAUUGCUUUUGUUCUGAAGGGAAACAACAGUCGGCUUCUCUAUGUUAAAGAGAGGGCUUGGGCUUCAGCCACUGUUCAAUCUGGUACCAAACCAGCAGAAUUUCAAAAUCACACAAUCUGGGUUUUAUUGAUGGAGGUUAACCUAAUAGAGUACUCCUUCACUGCUCUAUUGAAUUGUCUUAAAAUUUCCUGUUUCAAACAGCUACAUUACUUGAUUAAAACAAUGUUAAAAUUA